AUGAAUCAUCGUGUUACACCUGUCAAUACUUUAAUUCGUGCACAAAGAGAAUUAAAAAUGGUUUAUCGAAUAGUUAUACUUAUUAUGAUUUUAUUAGUACUUGGUUUACCUAUUACAAUUUUUCUUUCUAUAGGAUUUAUUACUGAACCACCAAAAUAUCAUUUGCGUAUAGCGUAUAUAUUCGCUAAGAUCUCGUUAUUAUUUGUAAUGAUUACAUUAUUUAAAUUUACAGAUCCAGUUAAAAGUUCAAUAAUGAAAAAACUAAGUCGACGACCAAAUCUCGUGGCAGCCAUAAUGGCAUAA